UGUAAUCACAAUUACUUUUUAGUAUAGAAUCAUAACUAGGAAAUGAAGCUCUUUUCUUUUACCUCACUUACAUUAGUUGCUUUUACGAUAUAUGCAGCUAAUGCGUUGUGGAUGAUUUACAGUAUAUGGCACCCUGAAGAAUGCAAGUUACCUGAAAGAAGAAAAUAUUGCAUAAAAUCUCAUAUUUUGGAAAAGAAAACCAAAUGGAAGUUGAAAGUAUUUACAUCAACAAAGCAGCAAAGUCAAAAUGAACUUUCUGCAGCAAAGAACCCAUCAGUCUACCAAUGGAAGAAUUUUAACUUUUCUAAACCAAAAGAUGUGUCAAUCAAUGUGACGUUGCCAACUGAAACAAUUAAUAAUGGAUCACUAUACCUUCACUUUCUUCUUCACCCACAUGGAGAGUCGGCUUUCAACAACAUACAUUCCCUACAUCAGUGGACACCAGUCACCGGAUAUUUAGUGCCACAAUCAUAUUUCAAACUUAUUCACGAUAACUCAACAGUGACAAAUUCAAGCGAAACACAAGCCGCAAUCACUCAUUGGAGACCUGAUAUAAACCUUCACGUUAUGAACCAGGAUAUUGUGUUUGACCGCGAAAAAAUACCGAUGGAAAUUUUGAAGCUAUUAAGUGCAUCCUAUGAUGGUUUUUAUCUGCCUUUAUUUUAUGUGGAUGACUUGGCACAUAAGAAGAGUGAUCUUAAGUCUAUUCCUAAAAAUGCGUCAGAAAUGCAAGUUACGAUACAUUACUCACCCAUCAGUGUUGGGAAGCUGAGAUUGUGGAUCAUUCUAACGAGUGCAAUAAAGCAGAUGAAAUCAUUUGUAUGUUAUGUACCCUCUGUGCCUUGGAGCUGCAUGUUAUUCACUGUUCUAUGUCCCACAUAAAAGUUGGUACUCCUGGGUAAUUCAAAGUCUUGUAAAUGCUGUCUAUGCUUUUGGUUUUCUUUUCAUGUUGCCACAAUUGUUCAUCAACUACAAACUAAAAUCUGUUGCCCACUUACCAUGGAGAGCCUUCAUGUACAAGGCCUUCAACACCUUCAUUGACGAUGUGUUUGCUUUCAUUAUUCGAAUGCCAACCAGUCAUCGGUUGGCUUGCUUCAGAGACGACAUCGUGUUUUUCUGUUACCUUUACCAACUUUGGUUGUACCCAGUGGAUAAAAAGAGAGCAAAUGAAUAUGGGGUGAGUUAUGAAGCCAGCCAUGAAAAGGAAGAAUGAAGCAACAACUGUGAACAUACUGUGAUAUUUGGAAGAUUGAAGCUGUCUAUUCAGAUUUAAGAACGGAAAAAAAUAAAUUUUAGUCACAGAAU